AUGGCACCCGUCAAGCCUCGCCGUCCCACAGCUCGCGCCAAGGCAUCCCGCUCCUCCUCCGACCCUCGCGGCAAAUAUGCCCCGCCCACCACCAUGGACACCGACACCACGCCUGACGACCCCGAACACGACAGCAGCAUAAACCGCAAGAAACACGCAGGCGAAGCUCCCUCUGCAGACGGCACCUUCUCCCUCUUCGCCGACACCUUCAAGACCAGCAAGAAGGACAAACGAACCAUCAAACACAACGCCCUCCUCAACAAAGUCCACGCGGCUGGGAUCUCGAAGGAGAAGAAGAAGCAGAAACAACGCCGGCCUGCAAAGAAGCUCAACACCAAUGUCGGUGAUCUCGCCGAUGCAUUGCCAGAUGUUGGCGAGGGUGAAGAUGAGUGGGAAGGUAUAUCAGAAGAUGGUGACGGGAUGGAAGUGGAAGGUGCGACGAAGAGGCGAAGACGGAAGAGGAAGGUCGAGGGCGAGGGGAAGAUGGUCAUGAAGAGUCUGAAACACCGGCCGGGAGCGAUGAAGAAGAAGACGAUCAUGGAGGAGAGGGAGAGGGAGCGGUUUAGGAGGAAUCUGGCGCAGAUGAUGGCGGGGCAGAAGGGGGAGGAGGAUAAGAAGGAGGACGGAAGUGGACAGGCGGAGAGGUGGAAGGCGCUGAGGGGGUUUAUUGGGAGUACGAUGGAGAAGGACAAGGCUUUUGGUGGAGCUUGA